GUGAAUGAGCCGAUCAUAGUGUGUUAGAAUAAUAAUUGUUGUUACUUUAACUUCCAAUGCAUUGAUAGGUUGUUAAUAUUAGUUAUUUUAUUUAUAUCCGUGGCUCCGGCCGUGAUAUGCUAUCAUAUGUCCAGUUUAACUAGAACAAGGGUCCUUGAGACGCAAGGAGAAGACUGUGAAAAUACUGUUAAGCGUAAAAGGAACUCGGUGAAUACCAGUGAAAAAUUUACUAAAAAAACUAAAACAGACGAAAACAUGACUGAUGCUACGAAGCAAAAAAGAGCCAACUUUUCAGCCUUGACACCUACUGUUAAUGGCUUAAACAGAACUCCCAAUGUUAUUAGUUUAAAACCUGGUGCUGCCAAGAAGCUCACCAUUAAAAACCUCAAAGAAAAACCUAAACUUCCUGAGAACUACCAAGAACAAACUUGGGAAAAGUUGUCAGAGGCUGUUAUUGCUAUUCAAACUUCGAGGUCUAUUAAAUACAGUUUAGAAGAUUUGUAUCAAGCCGUGCAAAACAUGUGUAACCACAAUAUGGCUUCCUCUACUUAUGAGAGCCUUAAGGGUUUAACAGAAAAACAUGUAAAAGCAAAUAUUGACGAAUUUACUGGUGAUUCAAUGGACCGCUUAAUUUUCCUUAAGAAAAUGAAUGAUUGUUGGCAGUCACAUUGCCGACAAAUGAUAAUGAUUCGUAGUAUAUUUUUGUAUUUAGAUCGUACUUAUGUUUUGCAACGUUCUUCUGUAAACUCUAUUUGGGAUAUGGGAUUAGAUUUAUUUAGGCACCAUAUAGUCAUGAAUAGCUUGGUUCAAACUCGAAUAGUAGAUGGUCUUCUUAUGCUAAUUGAAAAUGAAAGGCAAGGAGACACUGUUGAUAGGACCCUCCUUAAGUCACUCCUCAGAAUGUUAUCUGAUCUUCAAAUUUACCGAGAUGCUUUUGAGUCAAAGUUCCUACAAGCUACUGAAAGAUUGUAUGGAGCUGAAGGGCAAAAACUUAUUCUAGAGUUAGAGGUUCCUGAAUACCUUCAUCAUGUCGAUAAGAGAAUUAAUGAAGAAAAUGAACGCCUCUUACACUAUUUAGAUCCUUCCACCAAGUGGUGUUUAAUACAUUCUGUGGAAAAACAACUUUUAAGUGAACAUCUUGUUACAAUUCUUCAUAGAGGUUUGGAUUCUUUGUUAGAAGAGAACCGAGUUGAAGACUUAACUCUUUUAUAUAAUUUAUUUACAAGGGUCAAAAAAGGACUUGUUGAACUAUGUGGAAUGUUUAAUGGUUAUAUAAAGAAAAAAGGAAGGACGAUAGUAAUUGAUCCAGAGAAGGAUAAAACAAUGGUCCAGGAGCUACUCGAUUUUAAAGAUAAAAUGGAUAAUAUAGUAACAGUUUGUUUUCUAAAAAAUGAAAAAUUUGGUAAUAGUCUUAAAGAAGCUUUUGAACAUUUUAUUAAUCAGCGAACCAAUAAGCCUGCAGAACUAAUUGCCAAAUUUGUUGAUGGAAAACUACGGGCCGGAAACAAGGAAGCCACUGAAGAGGAAUUAGAAAGAUUGUUAGACAAAAUUAUGGUCUUGUUUAGAUUUAUCCAUGGAAAAGAUGUUUUUGAGGCAUUUUAUAAAAAGGAUCUCGCCAAAAGAUUGCUUGUCGGGAAGUCUGCUAGUGUUGAUGCUGAGAAGAGUAUGCUGUCAAAACUAAAGCAAGAAUGUGGAGGAGGUUUUACAUCCAAACUUGAAGGAAUGUUCAAAGACAUGGAAUUAAGUAAAGACAUCAAUGUGGCAUUCAAGCAGUAUAUGAGCAACUUGAAAAAUUCUUCACCAUUGGAAUUGACUGUCAGUAUUCUUACCAUGGGAUAUUGGCCAACGUAUCCUGUGAUGGAAGUUAAUGUGCCUCCAGAAAUGGUUCAGUUUCAGAAUCAUUUUACUCGUUUCUACUUAGGAAAACAUAAUGGUCGCAAACUUCAGUGGCAACCUACACUAGGUCAUUGUGUUUUAAAAGCUGAAUUUUCUCAGGGCAAAAAAGAAUUGCAGGUAUCACUUUUUCAAGGGCUUGUAUUGCUCCUAUUUAAUGAUUGCAAUGAAAUAAGUUUAGAAGAUAUUAAGGCUGCGACUAACAUUGAGGAUGGUGAACUGAGGCGGACAUUACAGUCAUUAGCUUGUGGAAAAGCAAGAGUUCUUACUAAAAAUCCAAAAGGAAGGGAUGUAGAAGAUGGCGACAGAUUUAAUUUUAAUUCUGAGUUUACAAACAAGCUUUUCCGAAUCAAGAUUAAUCAAAUUCAAAUGAAAGAAACGAAUGAAGAGCAGAAAGCGACUGAAGAAAGAGUAUUCCAAGAUAGGCAGUAUCAAAUAGAUGCAGCAAUUGUCCGAAUCAUGAAAAUGCGCAAAACUUUAAGUCAUAACCUUCUCAUAAGUGAAUUGUAUAAUCAGUUGAAAUUCCCAGUUAAACCCGCAGAUUUAAAGAAAAGGAUAGAAUCACUGAUAGAUAGAGAUUAUAUGGAACGUGACAAAGACAACCCUAAUCAGUACAACUAUAUGGCGUAGUGAUAUAUUACGAGAGAUGGUCUCAGUGUGUACAGUGAUCUUAAUAUAUACAUAUAUAUAUAUUAUUAAUUUUUAAAGCUGUUUCGUCUAACGAACCAUAGAUUUUUCACUAUGUUAUCAGCAUCGAGGAGCGGACACCGAUGUUUAUAUUGUAAUGAUAUCUUGUGAUUGUAUAAAGAAAUAUUGUCGUAAGGGGUUUUCCUCUGGUGUGAAGGACUGUUUUUAGUUUAAUGAAUUUAUCAUGUGAAUUUUUUUUAUUUAAAAACAACUGUUAAAAUUGUGAAUAUAUGAUAUGUAGGAUUAUAUAUUGUAAAUAUUGAUAAAUUUAGUAGGUAAAUUCCUAAUAAUUGUUUAUUAUGAACCUGAUUUUAAUCAGUGUAAGCUUCUGUUUUCUAUUUAAAAACAAAAUUACAACUGAAAUCCCCUAUAAAGCUGCACCUAAAUUCAUUCUUCCAAUGUAGUGAUUUUUCACUUAUUUAAUGCAUACGUAAAUUUGUUCUUUAUAUUUUCAAUUAUCAUCCUCAUAUUAAAUGAAUAUUAAAUCUUGAAAGUACAUUUCAGUAUUAAUUUUCUUCAUAUAUAAAGCAGCUUGUGUUGUCUAUGUUUCUUCAAAAAUGUGUUGUUACCAAAUUUUGAAAGUGGAAGUUAUUUUUAGGUAUUAUUGAGGUUUUAUUUUAUUUUAUUAUCUAAAUUUCUAAGAUAGUUUAUCAGUCAAAUAAGCUGUUUUCAGUGCCCUAUCAUCUUGCAAAUGCUUAAAUUAGAUGCUUAAAUUUUGAUUUGUUUAUAUUUUUAAUGUGUGAAAAAAUAUGAACACAAAAUAUUUACAAAAAAAGAAAGAUAAAAAUACCUCUUGUUGUAAAAGUUCACACAUCCUUUAUUGUUUUCUAUUUUAAGUCGUUUUGAAGGGUUGAAGAAAAUUUAUAAGACCCGGUACAAAAACUACCCAAUAUUUAAUUAAAUUUUUCAAACAUAUUCCUUCUUCUGUGAUAUGUUAUUAGAAGCAAUGAGUAGCUUAAGCAUCUAAGAUAUAAUUUUUUUUUUCUUUUCCAUAAAUUUAGAAUUUUCUAUCCUAUCGUUUAAUUUUCAAGUGUUGUCUGACUGAAUUUAAGGGGGAAAAUCUGAAAUAAAAAAGGAAGAUAUCUGUUUGCUACAUAUUCCUAAUUAUUAUGAAUCAGGUUAACAAAAAGUAGUCUUAGAAAAACAUGAAUAUUUUCCUGCUGUUAUUAAUUUUUAGCAUAUACAUAAUUUAAAAUAUAUUUUCUAAAAUUUUACAACUGUAUUGAUAAUUUGUACUCCUUGAUAUAUUAUUAUUUUAUUACAUUGUUAUAAAAUAUACAACAGCAAAAGAAACACAUUAUAGAAUGAUGUUUUUACUGUUAUGGCAUUAUUAACACAUUGAUGAAG